AUGCAUCCGUACCUCCUCCUCGCCAUCUACUGCUGCCACAUCUACCUGAUCCUAGAUCUCGGUCUCGCCUCCAUUGCCAAGAUCGCCACCGGUCUCCUUGGCCUCGAGCUGGAGCCCCAGUUCAACAACCCCUUAGGCGCCUCCUCCCUUCAGGACUUCUGGGGCCGCCGCUGGAACCUCAUGGUCUCUUCCAUCCUCCGCCCCUCCGUCUACGACCCCGUCCAAGCCCGCUGGGGGUUCGACGCCGGCAUCCUCGCCACCUUCUUCGUCUCCGGCCUCAUGCACGAGCUCAUGUUCUACUACCUCACCUUGGCACUUCCCACCGGGGAGGUUACCGCGUUCUUCGUCCUCCACGGGCUGCUCACGGUGGCGGAGAGGAAGGCCCGGAAGGCAGGGUGGUGGCGGCCGCACCCCGUCGUGGCGGCGCCGCUUGCACUCGGGUUGAUCGUCGGCACCGGGGUACUGGCUCUUCUUCCCGCCCCUCCUGAGAGUUAUGAUAAUUGA